GCUGACGAAGGAACGGGUUAAAAUUAAGGUUUGCACGGCUUGAUGCUGACUGCUGACAAUUAAUGACGCCCGAUGCCCAUUUUCAAUGCGUCCACCCACGCGCCCUAAUGACUAGUAAAAUCUGUCCUCUUUUUCCACAAUAGAUACCCCUCUCUGCUGCUGCCACUCCUAUCCGACUGCUAUACUUAAAGAAAUGCGUCAGUGAAAGGCCCCACGGUGGAGAGAGAGAGAGAGAAGAAGACCAAGACUGCCGAGUGCACGCAAGGGUGUGUGUGCGCUGUCUGGUCUCUGGUGCCGCCGGGCAGCAAGAGGACAUGCAUGUGAAGUCCUCCAAUAAUUUUCUCGCCUCGCAACACUCUCUCCACUCUCCACUAUACUCCUCUCCUCUCCGGCCUCGCUGCGGCCAGCUCCUGCGCCCUUGUUCCCAUGCGCCGCAGGAAGCCCACCUCACUUCACCUCACCUCAGCUGACGGCCCCAAAGAAUCUUUCUCUCUUCCUUUCCCUUUCCUGACCUCACCUUACCUCAUCUCUCUCCUUUUAUCCCCGCCUCCAUCUUUCUAAGUCUCUCUCUCUCCCACAAGUGAAGUGAAGUCAGUGAUGGCACGGAGAAGAGCUUGCGUCGCGGCGGCGGCUGCUCUGAUCAUGCUUCUGCUCCUCGCAGGAGGUGGAGGAGGCGGCGUGCAUUGCCUGAGGUCGAGGACAGAGAGCGGCUCCACGAUACUGGAGCUGCGGCACCACAUCAGCAGCAGCUUCAGCCCAGGUCCAAACAGGCCAAGCAAGACUAGCAGAGGAGAAGUUGACGGCGGCGUCUUGUCCUCGGACGCCGCGAGGGUCUCGUCGCUGCAACGCCGCAUCGAGAGCUACAGGUCAUCGUCGGAGGGGGAGGAGGAGGAAGCGUCGAAGCUGGCCCUGCAGGUCCCCAUCACCUCGGGCGCCAAUCUCCGGACCCUGAACUACGUCGCCACAGUGGGCCUGGGCGCCGCCGAAGCCACGGUGGUCGUGGACACGGCGAGCGAGCUCACCUGGGUGCAAUGCCAGCCCUGCGAGUCGUGCCACGACCAGCAGGAUCCCCUCUUCGACCCCUCGUCCUCGCCCUCCUACGCCGCCGUGCCCUGCAACUCCUCCUCCUGCGACGCGCUGCGCGUCGCCAUGGCCGCCGGGACGUCUCCGUGCGCCGACGACAACGAGCAGCAGCCGGCGUGCAGCUACGCGCUCAGCUACCGCGACGGCUCCUACUCCCGCGGCGUCCUGGCGCGCGACAAGCUGCGCUUAGCCGGCCAGGACAUUGAGGGUUUCGUGUUUGGCUGCGGCACCAGUAACCAGGGGGCGCCCUUCGGUGGCACGUCGGGGCUCAUGGGGCUCGGCAGGAGCCACGUCUCGCUGGUAUCGCAGACCAUGGACCAAUUCGGCGGCGUCUUCUCCUACUGCCUGCCGAUGAGGGAGUCCGGCUCGUCGGGGUCGCUCGUCCUCGGCGACGACUCCUCGGCAUACCGGAAUUCCACCCCAAUUGUGUACACCGCCAUGGUCUCCGAUUCCGGCCCGUUGCAAGGGCCCUUCUACUUCCUCAACCUCACCGGGAUCACCGUCGGCGGUCAGGAGGUGGAAUCGCCCUGGUUCUCUGCCGGCAGAGUGAUCAUCGACUCCGGGACGAUCAUCACCACCCUCGUGCCGUCGGUGUACAAUGCGGUCAGGGCCGAGUUCUUGAGCCAGCUUGCCGAGUACCCGCAAGCGCCGGCAUUCUCCAUCCUUGACACUUGCUUCAAUUUGACAGGCUUGAAAGAAGUGCAGGUUCCUAGCCUCAAGUUUGUGUUUGAAGGCAGUGUGGAGGUGGAGGUGGACUCCAAAGGUGUGCUCUACUUUGUCAGCAGUGAUGCUUCUCAAGUGUGCUUGGCUCUGGCCUCCCUGAAAUCUGAGUAUGACACCUCAAUUAUUGGUAAUUACCAGCAGAAGAACCUCAGGGUCAUAUUUGACACCUUAGGGUCCCAGAUUGGGUUUGCACAAGAGACUUGUGAUUAUAUUUGACAUUCAUUGGGAGCUAUGUGAAUAUCCUAUACGUGGGGAUUUAUUUUCAGAUCACCUCUGGUGAUCAGCAAAUGGCAAUACAGUAUUUAGUUAUUGGCAAAUGUACAAGCAUUCAUAAACGCUCUAUCUCUGUUUUCUUCUUUUGCCA